CCAGGUUGCUACGAGAAGGAAGGAGGGGAGGAAGAAAGUAGUGGGCGUGUCCUCAUAGUCGCUCCCAUGUUGCGCAGCGUGGAAAUGUGACGUGUGUGGAGCGCACACAUACAUUACACUAGAGUAGAGAGCGAAUGUGAGCGUGGUGUGUUUGUUGUGUGAGUGUGUGUGACAGACUUUCACAGCGGAAAAGUGCCUCUGGCGAAGCCCUCCCCGCCACCGGCCGGCUGUGGCUCCCGGCUGACCCACGGACUUCAUUCUCACUGUCAAUUUCGGACUCCUGGAACUUCAAAGAAGAAGAAAAAAGAAAAAAAAUAGUACCGUCAUUUUUGGGUCGUAAGCGAUGCUCUGGCAGCAUGGCCAAGUGGUUCAAGGAGCACCUCGGAUUCAAAACUGCCAAAGCACCCCCUCCGGCGCCCCCGAAGCCGGACUACCGACACUGCCUCACCGGUGUGCCCGGCGCGCCUGGCUUCCAACCUGGGGCCACUUUCACGUUGAGCCCCGCUCAGCCGGACAUCCUCGCCGCAUACAAACUCCAAAAGGAGCUGGACUUCGAGGACCCGUACACUCCCGGUGGAAAUAUCUCGUUUGCCGUGGGCUCACCGGACAUCAAGUACGUGUCACCGAAGCACCGUCUCAUCAAGGUGGAGACGGUGGAGAAGCCCAACCCGGCGCCGGGUGCUGGUGUUGGUGGAGGAGGAGGCGGUACGAUGGUGGUCGCUCAAGCCGUCGCAGUGGGCAGCGUGAAAUCUCCUACGUCGCCCCCUACGGAGCAGGACAACAAGGAGAAGCUCAUUAUCCUGGAGGACUACGCCGACCCGUUUGACGCCGAGCAGGCCGGCGGCACGCAGGCCACCACGGAAAAAGUGACCACCGAGAAUGAUGGAUACAUGGAGCCGUACGAGGCUCAGAAGAUGAUGGCGGAAAUCCGAUCCAGUGGUCGUGGGUCAAAGGACGGCGGCACCAAGCAGCUUCCCCUGUAUGACACUCCGUACGAGCCAACCGAGAACGGUGGCGACUCUGACCCUGAACGUUCGCGCUGCCCUCGAGAGAGUCGACUGCCUCAGGACGACGAGCGGCCGCCCGAAGAGUACGACCAGCCAUGGGAGUGGAAGAAGGAGAGAAUUUCCAAAGCCUUUGCAGUAGAGAUUAAAGUGAUCAAGGACCUUCCGUGGCCCCCUCCGGUGGGGCAACUCAACAGCAGCCCUCCCCUGGUGGAGGAGCUGGAGUCGUCCUCGCAGACGGCUCAACCCUCGCCCGGACAAGCAGCCAGUGAGCAGCACCAACAGGUCCAGUUUGACGGCGUGGAAAAAUCUAGAACGUCGCCCACCAAGGAUGGGAAAACCCGUCCGCUGCAGCGGCACUCCAGCGGCUGCUUGGUAAACACCAAAAUGACGUCAACAGAGCAGCCCGGCUCGUCCGUUGGGGAACGCAUCGAUCCCAGCAUGGCCUUGGAAAGCCAAUUCUGGUACCACGGCGCCAUCAGUCGGACGGAUGCAGAAUGCCUGCUCCGACUGUGCAAGGAGGCGAGCUACCUGGUGCGGAACAGCGAAACCAGCAAGAAUGACUACUCCCUCUCACUUAAGAGCAGCCAGGGCUUCAUGCACAUGAAGCUGUCCAGGACCAAGGAGAACAAGUACGUCCUGGGCCAGAACAGCUGCCCCUUCGACAGCGUGCCCGACAUCAUCCACUUCUACUCCAGCCGCAAGCUGCCCAUCAAGGGGGCCGAGCAUAUGUCCCUGCUGUACCCCAUCGCCAUCAGGACACUAUAGUCCCCCACACAAACCAAUACCAUCAAUAUGGAAAGGGAAAUCCCAGAACUGCUGAUUCUGACUCACCUCACUUGUUGACCGAUUCCCAAGGAUCUGUCUCUUAUGCAGGAGUUUUAUUUAUUUGUGACCAACACACGCUAACUUCCCUUUUUUGGGGGGUUCCCACUUUUAUUUGUUGCGGCUCUUCAUUUGGAAAACUUGGCUUUUCUGUGAGGCUAAUACAAAGGAUUGGCACGUGAUUCAAUUGGGUUUCAGCAGAAUGAACGCUCGAUAAUGCCACCAAAAAGGUCGCCAUGGUUGAGGUCUGUGCGAUUUGUGACAGUUAAGAAACCAGACUGUGGUUUCUUUUACAGGCUGUGAUCAUGCAUAUCUCAACUUGUCAUUGUCACACACCCCCGUAGGCGUUCGGGGACUUGUCACAUUGACCUUCUUUAGACAGCAAACCAACUGAGACUUAUUAAACAGUGCAUUCCAUUUUCCUAAAUUGCAUGAGGAAUUAACAAACAAACCUGUGACGUAGCCUGCUAACUGGACAAAAUGGAACCGGCAUCAGCGCAUUUCAUUGCCAGUUAGACUAUUGACUAAAAAGACACUUUCUGAAGAUGUCUAAAUGGUGGUCUGGGUGCAUGUGUGAGACAAAAAAAAAGAAACAACUUUAGAUUCCGGACUUUUAUGCAUCACCUGCUUCUUUCUUGUCGUAACGCGUAUGUUUUAGCUGGCCUUCUAACUGUCAGCCAGGGAGUAAACUAGUCCCAAGAUUGGAUUAUCGAUCAAAUACUAGACUCCUUGCUAAUGGGGUAAUGAGAGGGUUAAUGUUGCCAGGAAAUGCCACUAUUGUGAAGGUCUGCGAGGAAUGAUCACAAAAAGGAGACUGUGGCUUUCAGACACCAGCGUAGCACUAUGCUGUCACGUGACAUCAUCUUAUUCAAACAGCAAUGAAUCAAGUACGUCAGGAAUUAGCGUGCAAAACAAAACACGUAGCAGCCCGUUAACAGACAGCCUGGAACCUCAAAUUCUGAACUCCAGUUUCCAGAAUGGGUGACAAAAGAAGAAUGUAGACUGUGGCCCCGCUGAUGCGGAAGUCUCGUCUCUCUGACAAGUUGUCCUUUUUUAAGACAUCAAACUCGCUGAUGCUGGUUCUAUCCGAGCGGUGCACUCUAUUUUGUCUCUGUUACAUCAGAAUACGUAAUGAUCCACGAAUUGUUAACAUGCCCAUCCAUAGUUGGUACUCUAUGCACGUAGAUGUGUUGCAAAGGGGGAACAUGAAGAAGUCUGAGGGUGUCCGGCUUUUGCGUUGAUCUCUCUUUCAUGUCAUCAUCCAUACUCUCCGCCAUCCGUCAGCGAGGGGGAGGUGUGUUACACCAAUGGCAACCAAAGUGGCAAGACAUGCUGGGGAGAGAGCGUGAUGGACGGGUCAACCCAUGCAAAAAGCCCAAGUAGAGGAACUAACGUCCAGCCCCCCCUUAACCCUGGAGCUGUCCCGCCUCCCCUCUUGCCACAACGCCUGCAUUGUCUACCUCAGAAAAUCAAUGCCAUUCAGCCGUCUGUCUGAAGAUCAAUAGGUACAGUGGGACGGCCUGCAUCGAUCCGCUCUCUGCUUCCUAAUUUCCAUAAAAUGGCAUCAUUCAUUUUGAAUUUAAAAGAAAAAAAUGGGGGCGGGGGUAGGACAAUUCAAGCCCGGCUUUGGUGUGUUUUUGUCACUACUACGAUGCUGUGUGAUGUCAAAUGUUUGGUUGAAGCCUUAUCAUGCAUGGAGAUCAGCUGACUGCUAUCCUGCUUUUGAAUGAUUAUUCCCUGACUGUAAUUUAUUGGUGGGCUAAUUAGCGCCCCACUUUUUUUUUUGUCGUGAUCGUGUUCUCCGGGGUGACUCCUGUGGUGCUCUCGUUUUGCUCUUCUUGUGUGCUCGUCAAGCCUCGGCCCAGUUCUUCCUGACCAAUCACAGCGCAGUUUGUUGGAACCCCGAUGAACAUUCAAACUGCAACUAUACAUUUCACAUCUCCCAUUACAAAGACUUGAGAACACUGGCGGUCUUGCUUUGCACCACCUUAAGAAAGCCAGUCACUUCUUCCUGGAUUUUGCUCAAAAAGCACACUUUUUUUUUGCUAUGUAGAAUAAUGAAGGAAGAGAAUCGACUUGUACUCCAAUUCUUAAAUUAUGUCCCUGCAGUGGAGCUUAAAAUUCUAAUGCAAUCAGGAAGGCUGUAUGACCAAAGGUAAACUGGAAAUGUUCCAAUUAAUAUUUUAGCAUCGCUCAGAAAGAAGUCCUAAACAUCAGCAUUGUUAAUAUUACCAUAUAAAAACGAUAAAACACAUGCCAAACUGACUUGCAAUUUUUGCUUUAAGCAUCCGGGUCCUUGAACACUCCCCCGUUAGUAGACUGUCGUAAAUUUUUAUCCAGCCACUCUACUGAUGUUGUCAAACUCAGUUAUCAUGAGCAUUGCUAUAUCACAGAUGCAGAUUAGCUUCCACCAUGUACUGUAUUUUCCUUACAAAACCUUUCGGCAAGUUUCUGUAAAUUGACGACCAACACCUUCAGCUUUGGCGGCUGAACUGUCGUAGAGUUUUCCGGUAACCGAAUUUGCUUUAGCAAUGCUAGUCCACAGACAACUGCGGCGCAAUACCGUCAUAGCCUCUAGUUGUUUGACAAUCAAUGGCCCAAUCCAUUGGUAAACUGUCCUAAAUUGUCAAAUCGUUGCGCUAAUAAUGAAAAAGGAGUUCAUUGUGAGUUCAUCUGUGGGCGUUGCUGGCCCACAGAUGCGCAACUCUGCGAUUGACCUGAUUUUCCUUUUUUAGAACAGUCAUUUUUUGAGUUGUUCAACUGCUGACACCUUCAAGUUCCAAGUGUCCUUCUACUGUAGUAGAUAGUUUUCAUCUGCCCUGCUAAUUUCCACAUUCUGAUUUUACGUCUUCAUGGACAACAGAAACAGAUUCACUGCCAUGGACAAUAUUGUGCCCUCUAAAAUUUCCAAAUUGUUCAUCUAAAAAAACUUUUGAGUUCAGAGGAUCCACUGUUGAUGUUGUAUGCCCUGGCACCCUGAUUAUUUUGCAAAGUUGAGUUAGCGUAAACAUUGCCAAACAAAUGAACAAUGAUGGCCCCACAACACAAUUAGAGCUCUUCCAAUCAUUGGCGUUUAUUUAUUGUUAUCAGUGAAACACUUACAUGCAUUUAAAAGAGUUGCUUGCUGAGCAAAAACGCAAGAAAUGGUCAUGUUUAGAGAGAUUAACUGGUGAGUGUUCAUACUGUAGAGCUUUGGAGAGAUCACUGCUAAGUGUGUGCUAUGCAACUGGAAGACUCCUGAUUAGUGUUUCAAUGGUACCAACCGUCCCACGUGGUUGAUGGAAACGACUCCCCUGCCUAAGAAGUCGAACAGGGUGCGGUCGCGGUGACGACGUCUCUGCAGCUUUACUACGACUUUAAGUGGACCUAUGAGAGAAAAGAUUUUGAGAAGAUAAAUGAAUGUCGACGUCGGCUCUUAAUGACUGCUGCAAACGGGUGUUAUAGUACUAACAGGGAGGCCUUACUUAGCUUUGGAGGAAAUAGACUGCAAUCCACGGAGGACACUUCACACAUCUCUAUGGAAAGCAUCUCUUCUGUCUGAAGUGUCUUAAAUUGUGCGUGUGAGUGUGUAUGCACGGCGUCCCCCUCAUGGCCAAAUGUAUAUACUGAAUGUAUCGUAAGCACGGGGGACGCAAAGGCAUCUAAGUAAAUAAAUAAAAGAAGAAAUAGGGUUUAUUAUGACUAAA